GGCAAGUUCACGUGACGGUGCGCUGUAGGUCACGUGAUGAACCGGCGGGGCCGGCGAGAAGGAGAGACGGAAGCGGCGGAGGAUGACGGAGCGAGCGGCUGCCGGAGAGAAGUUCCAGCCAAGCGAGCACCAGCACCUGCGCUACAACCCCUUGCGUGAUGACUGGGUGCUGGUCUCUGCCCAUCGCAUGCGGCGUCCGUGGCAGGGGCAGGUGGAGAAGCCACCCCAGGAGGACAUCCCGCGCUGUGAUCCGGGCAACCCUUUGUGCCCCGGAGCCAAGAGAGCCAAUGGCCAGGUGAAUCCCCACUACGAGAGCACAUUUGUCUUUGACAACGACUUCCCUGCACUGCAACCAGAUGCCCCGGAGCCCGAUGCUGGCGACCACCCCUUGUUCCGUGCAGCGUCCGCUCGAGGCGUGUGCAAAGUGAUGUGCUUCCACCCCUGGUCUGACAUGACUCUGCCCCUCAUGUCACUUGCCGAGAUCCGCAGCGUAAUUGACAAGUGGUCGGAGAUAGCUGUGGAGCUGGGUGCUUCUUACUCCUGGGUGCAGAUCUUUGAGAACAAAGGAGCCAUGAUGGGCUGUUCCAACCCCCACCCUCACUGCCAGGUCUGGGCCAGCAAUUUCCUGCCCAACGAAGCCUCCCUGGAGGACCGGACGCAGCAGAAGCACCUUUGCGAGCGUGGCGUCCCCAUGCUGCUUGAAUACGCCCAGCUGGAGGCUGAGAGGAAGGAGCGGAUUGUAGUGGAGAACUCAGACUGGGUGGUGGUGGUGCCCUACUGGGCGGUGUGGCCUUUCCAAACCCUCCUGCUUCCUCGACGACGACACGUCCGCCGCCUUCAGGACCUCCAGGACGGGGAAAGAGACAGCCUGGCUUCCGUCAUGAAGAGGCUUCUCACCAAGUACGACAACCUCUUCCAGAUCUCCUUCCCUUACUCCAUGGGGUGGCAUGGAGCCCCAACAGGGUCCUACCUCGACGCUGACUGCAGCCACUGGCAGCUGCAUGCCCAUUAUUACCCACCUUUGCUGCGUUCGGCCACCGUCCGCAAGUUCAUGGUUGGCUACGAAAUGCUGGCUCAGGCUCAGAGAGACUUGACACCCGAGCAGGCUGCCGAGCGCUUGCGAAACUUGCCUGAAGAGCAUUAUCAGCUGAAACGAAGAGAAACUUCAUAGCGCAGAAGCACAAUUGGGACCUUUUGGGUUUGGGACACUUGGUUGAUCACUGUGGUUUUGGAUAAAGGGGAUCAGCGUGAAUCGUUCUUGUGGGGGAAAGCUUCUGUAAUUUGGGAGCUGUGCAGGGCACAUGGCGUGGGUUGUGUAUAGCUUUGGUAGCCGAGGCCGAGCUGGAAUUGUCUUUCUGCCCUGCUAAACCGAGGUCUUUUGAGGCCAAUCGAGCUUUUCUGGGAGAAUCAUCCUCUCCUCUUGGCGAAAAGGCUCUGCAAAACCUUCUGGGUCCACUAUUCCUGCAAAGGCUACGAUCUGUGGUUUCUGCAUUACAGGGGUUGGACCUCUCAGUGAACCUGGGUCCUUUCCACAGUUCUAUGAUUCUAUGACCCAAGCUGCUCUAAGAAACAGGCAUUGGAAACAAACCCUCCCAACACCGAACUUUUAAUGCUUCCACUGGUGGAUCACUUCUGUUCACUGUGUCCUCCUCCCUAUUGCAGGGAGCUACAGGUAUUAAGAUGGACCUUAUUUAGAAGCUGUAGUGGAUGUAUGGUAAUCCUCACCUUCCUCUCCUUUUCCAUACCUCCCCCCCCCCGCCCCGCCCCGCCCCGGCCGUCAUAAGCCUUCAGUUGUUUUCACUGAGGUCUUGAACACAAGGAACAUUUGUCAUACAUCUGUCCUGCUUGUGCAUAGACCCAAAUGCGUCCAGUCUAAAAAAAUGUAGUAUAAACAUCGACAACUGGGAAACACUGGCCUGUGAGCGCUCAAAUUGGAGUACAGCCUUUAGCAAAGGUGGUGUGGGCUUUGAAGACACUCGAACUCAGGACCAAGGGAGAAACGUGCUAAGAGGAAGGCACGCUUGGCAAAUCCACACCGUGAUCAACUCCUGCCCGGAAACCAAUGUCCCCACUGUGGAAGGACGGGUGGAUCCAGAAUUGGCCUCCACAGUGACUUACAGACUCACUGUUAAGACCAUGUUCAUGGAAGACAAUCUUACUCGCCUACGAGGGUUUGCCAAAGAGAGAAGAAGAAGUGUCUAAGUUAGAGGAGUGGCCAGGAAAUGGCUGAAGAUGGCUGGUCUGGGUUGUGGUGAAGAGGCCAAGUGCAAAUGGGAGACUGCUCCCAGGAGCUCUGCUAGAUGUCAGCCCCAUAGCUGCAUCCCUACCUGAAAAUGGGAAAUUGUUCAGUGCCACAGCUAGAGGUCGCUGAAAUGUCCUAGCUAGAGAGAGCAGCUCAAAGCUCGGCUUGGCGGAGUCGUCUGCUUCCUGCUGCUCUUUGCGGCCAAGGAGAUAGUUCUUAAAUGCCUCUGAACGCAUUCAGUUCCCCCUCUCCCCUGCCACUUCCAAUCUCUGUGUGGUGCUGAAUCAGCUCAAUGAAUAGGCAACAGAUAAAUCUCAAUGAAGGAGAAAGGGAUUAGCAGGAGGACGUUUCAGUUGACUUCCUUUCUCCAUCGUCUCCCGGAGCCUGGACAGGACAGGGUUAAGAAGAGAUACUUGGCAAGAGGCGGGGAUGAAUUUUGGCUCCAUUCUCAACCCCUCUUUUUUAAAAAACAAAAACAAAAUCCAAAUCCUUUCAAAUAAAAAUGUAAAGGAAAAUCUGUUCUACUAAACAGCCUAUUCUUUCAGUUUUCAUCCGCUCAGUUCUAGCAGCGGAAUCUGCAGUCCCUCCAUGUGUAUCUCAGAGAUGCUAGAAAGGGUGGGAUGUACGGUAUAUGAGCUUAGCCUGACAUGUUCUGACUGCAGUGAGCCUCCUCCAGAGGGCUGAUUUCUUUACAGGCUGCUCAGAGACCCUUUAGACGGCAAAGCCAUGCAGGGUCUCUUAAUGUGGGUGGUCUUCGAGCGGGUUUCAUUUUGAAGCUAGUUUCUAGCUUUUUGCAGGAAGCUGAGCAGAGGUGUGAGCACAGAACACACUUCCUGGGGAGGGGCCUUGAAGUGAUGGAGUGAAGGGGCGGCUGGCCGGGCUCUUCUUGCCUGCGUAUGGUCCAGCAGUCUAGGGUCUGCUCCGGCCGGCUUGUUCAAACCUGUUGCAGCAGGUAUUUCCUUAGGCCUCUGACUGAGUGAAGUUGGACACAGCAGCUGAAAGGCAGCAGAAUGUGCAAAUGGUGUCUGUAGCAUCAGCUGCGCAGCCAUAACACACCGUCCCUUGUUCUAGGCCUGGACAUGCCUUUUGAAGCAGCACUGGGCAUUUGGCUCAGAAGCCAGUCCAGGGAGGCUUGCCCUGUUUUCCCUCCCGCCUCGCCGGCAAAAGCCCUGGUGCCUAAUUAAUUUUCACACUCGUCUGCCCUCAGCGCAACUCCAGCGGCUGCCUCUGGCCGCCUCCUGCUUGCGUGCCCGAGGCAGCUGGCUGGAGGCCGACAUUUCGGCUGCCUCUGAACGCUGUUAACACAGUGUAUUUAGGAGUCAUCUUCUUCCUAAUGGGAGUCACAGCUUUAUUCCCCUCUCUCCUCCUGCAUCUAAAUUGUCAAAUUUAUUUUUAAAGGCCCAUUUGUAAUUAAUCUUUACGCCGCCUGGAGGAAUUGAGAUUCCGCGCCCGCCUCCGAGCUACUGCUUCCAAGCGGAAACAGAUGCCUGGUGCGAAAACAGCCCCAGGGUGCUGCAGAGAGGCAUUUUGUGGCUUGAAACACCAGAGGGAGGGUGUGUGUGUGUGUGUGUGUGUGAGUGAAGUGUGUGUGCAAGGCCAUGGGGUGGGGAAGGCUUGAGUCUUGGCUCAGCCACCGAUUCCUUACUUGACCUUGGACAUGUCCUCAGAAGCGCUGGGUGUAAGCCGAGGAAGAGCUCUGCCAUUUGUGGCUCAAACUGCUGCAUCUUUUGAUUUGAUAAGCUGCUAAGAACAUCAGAAGAACUCUGCUGGAUCAGGCCAAUGGCCCAUCUAGUCCAGUAUGCUGUUCUCACAUUGCCCAAUCCGCACCAGAGUCCUCUCCCUUCCAGCGGUUUCCAGCAACUGGUGUCUUGCAACAGCCAUCUGCCGCAACAACGCAUCAUUUGCCAAAAGCUCCAGAAGGGAGGAGAAAACCCCACACCCUGCCCAUCUCUGGCAUGUGGCCCCUCGAAGGUUGCCUGCAAGGAAAUGCGGCCCUUGAGCUGAGAAAGGUUUCUACCAUGCUCCCAAUAGGAUUCCUAAUGGCACGAGGUGAGCAGAUCACUACAUUAAUGCUAAGCAUGAUCUUCAUUGGCUGUUAGGCAGAUUCUGCUCUUAAAAGUCUUUCCGUUCUUGCCGCCGUCACCAGAUAGCAAUGGAAAUGUGAUCCAUCCUACAGGACAGCUGGCCAACCCAGCCUUCCCAGGAGGCUCACAAAAGUGUCCUGAAAGGAGGAAAGGGUGCUUUUAAAUUAUUAUUAUUAUUUUUUAAAAAACCCCUCUCUGUUCUCUAGCUGCGAGCAGUGAAAAUUCCACCUAUCCCACAACGAGGAUUGCAUUAUUGUGUUUAGUUUGUGUCCCGGAGGCAGGGAAUAUCCUCGGAGGAAGGGAGCAAAUGGCAUCUUAAAGGUAAAGGGACCCCUGACCAUUAGGUCCAGUCGUGACCGACUCUGGGGUUGCGCACUCAUCUCGCAUUAUUGGCCGAGGGAGCCGGUGUACAGCUUCCAGGUCAUGUGGCCAGCAUGACAA